AUGUCACCUCAUCUUCCAAACCCAUCACCUCUCUUCCGCCUCCUCACUCCUCUCCUCCAAUCCUUCAGAUCUACCUUCCCCUCAGCAACCUCAAAAACACCCCUCAGAACCUUCACCAGCACCCCACCUAUGCACAAAAAGAAUCCCAAUAGCAAAACCGAUCCACGAGUAACGCUCAUCCGCUACCAUCUGCAACAUCCCAAGACACCUCGCCCACUGCGAUUCUCACGCAUGCGUGCGCUGAGGCAUUGGACUAUUCAUCGUGCAUGGAUGAUAUUAAGGCGAAAGCAGAGGAUCGAGGAGGAGGGCGAAUUAUACAGACUUCACCAAUCAAUGCACAACGCUAUGGAAGACCUUCGCCUUCUCGACGGUUCUGGCCAGAAAGAAGCAGGUAGAUUAUAUCGCGUUGCUCUCGAGAAGAAAGGAAUUUUCGGAAAAGACGGAGUCCCAAUUGAGUACGCGAGAGCACAAACCGACACACCAGCGAAAGAACCAUGGAAUCAUGGAUGGACUACUGAUAAAACUACUAUAUAA